AUGCCUUCCUUCAAGUCAACUUUUGCGACUUUCGCCUUUCUGGCGGCCGUCAACGCCAAGACCGUCACGAUCACUGCCAAAAGCGACAACCGCUUCGACCCUGAUUCGACCACGGCUGACAAGGGCGACGUUCUCGAGUUUCAAUUUGAGGGUUCCAAGCACAGUGUCGUGGCUGGCGACUACCAAUACGCGUGCUCUCCUGUCCAGAUCGGCACUGGAUUCUUCUCUGGCUUUGUCGAUGGCGAUAGCAACAAAGUCUUCCGUGUUGAAGUCAACAACACCGACCCUCUGGCUUUCUAUUCCUCGCAAGGUACAGAAUGCGCCUCUGGUAUGGUCGGCAUUGUCAACCCCAGCGGCGACAAGACCCUAGACGACUACAGGAGCCGGGCCAGCAAGCUGUCCACGGGAGUCAGUCCUGGCAAUGCCACGUUUGGUGGUGAAUUGGCCGACAAGGGUGGCUCCGACAAGGACGAUCAAGACAACAAGAAGGGUGGCACAGAUGACAAGAAAAACUCGGCCGGCACACUCCAGGUCUCGACAGUGGCCCUUUCGAGCGUCUUCGGUGCUGUUCUGUACAUGCUUUGA